GGGACGGAGGGAGGCCGCGCGGCUGUCGUCGUGGUGGUGGCGGCCUGUCGGGAGGCCGGGCCCGCCGGCCGGCCGGUCAGCUCUCUGGGAACCGAAUGAGCCCCAAGCAUGGAGAUGGGUAACCAACACCCUUCCCUCAGCAGGCUGCAGGAAAUCCAGAAGGAGGUCAAGGGCAUCGAACCGCAGGUGGUGGGCUUCAGCGGCCUGGCCAACGACAAGAACUACAAGAAGCUGGAGAGGGUCCUGACCAAGCAGCUCUUCGAGAUCGACUCGGUCGACACGGAGGGCAAAGGGGACGUCCAGCAGGCGAGGAAGCGGGCGGCCCAGGAAACCGAGCGUCUCCUGAAGGAGCUGGAGCAGAACGCCAACCACCCGCGCCGGCUGGAGAUCGAGACGAUCUUCAAGGAGGCCCAGGCCCUGGUGAAGGAGGAGAUCGCCCCGCUCCACAGCGGAGGCAACAGCAUAACGGACGAGUUCGAAGAGGGCAUCCAGGACGUCAUCCUGAGGCUCACGCACGUGAAGACCGGGGGGAAGAUCUCCCUGCGGAAGGCCAGGUACCACACGCUGACCCGGGUGUGCGCCGUGCAAGAGAUCCUGGAGGCCUGCAUGAAGCAGCAGCCGUCGCUGCCGCUCUCCGACGGGGCCCACCCUUCCGUCGCCAAGAUCAACUCGGUCAUGUCCGAAGUGAACAGGGCCCGCGGGACCCUGAUCGCCCUGCUCAUGGGCGUGAACCACGGCGAGACCUGCCGGCACCUGUCCUGCGUCCUCUCGGGCCUCACCGCCGACCUGGACGCCCUGGACGUCUGCGGGCGGCCGGAGAUCCGGAACUACCGGAAGGAAGUGGUGGAAGAAAUCAACAAGCUGCUCAAGUACCUGGACCUGGAGGAGGAAGCGGACACCACGUACGCCUUCGACCUGGGCCGGAACCAGUCCAUCCUGAGGAUCGAGGCGGUGCGCAAGAGGACGAGGGCCGUGAGGAACGAGCUGGUCCGGGCCCAGAACCCCGCGGACCCCUCCCCGGGCUCCAAGUCGGAGCUGCAGGGCCUGAUCGGCCAGCUGGACGAAGUGAGCGCCGGCAAGAACCCCUGCAUCCGCGAGGCGCGGAGGAGAGCCGUGGUGGAGGUGCAGACCCUCAUCACCUACGUCGACCUGAAGGAGGCCCUGGCCGAGCGGCAGGCCUUCGCCGGCGAAGAGCACCCGUCCCUCCGCGCCAUCUGGACCGUCCUCGGGAGCCUGGCCGCCAUCCAGGGCGAGGUCCUCUCCUUCGACGGCAACCGCACGGACAAGAACUACAUCCGCCUGGAGGAGCUCCUCACCAAACAGCUCCUCGCCCUCGACGCGGUGGACCCGCAGGGAGAAGAGCGGUGCAAGGCGGCCAGGAAACAGGCGGUCAAGCUGGCCCAGAACAUCCUCAGCUAUCUCGACAUGAAGACCGACGAGUGGGAAUACUGACGGCGCCGGGCGACGCGGCGCUUCUUGCACUUUAUGUAGACUUCGAUCGAUACGUGUACAUAUAUAUUUAUAAAGAGGUCCUGCAGCCGCCCCCCUUCCCUCCCCCCUCCCCUCCACGGGAUUUCGACACACCCGUUUCAGUCCGAGCGUUCGGUCGGGGGUCUCCGACUUGGAGCAAAUCGGCGUUGCCGGCGCGGGGCGAGGGUCAGUCGGUCGUUACCGGCUCGUCACGGUUCCACUUGGCACAGAUGACCGACUCGGGGCGCGUUUUAUACUGGGGUUGGGGCAGGGGACGGGGGCGGGGAACGGGUCCUGCCAGAGGCAGAGGCUGCAGUGAUCCAGCCCUUUUUAAAACGGAUAAUGCGGACGAUACAGUGCGGUUGUUUUAGGAGCUGGGCCCGUAGAUUAUAAUGCUGGAAAAGGAGGAGGAAAACCAGAAAUGAGCGGCGAUUGACUAGAUUCAGAGCCAGGCUCAACACUUAGGCAGUUGAGUUGACUGUACUGAUGAAGCACAAGGUCACCCGUGAAUGAUUUCCACUCGCGCGCACUGCUUACCGCCACCUUCUUUGUUUUCCGUUUUUUUAAGUUGGUAUUGAAGCUGCUUGACCAGGAGGAAAAAUCUGCCCUCGCCAUCCCCCCCCACCCCCCGCACCCUGCGGGUAAUAAGUAGUCGUAGCCAUGGGCCACUUGGUGUGGUGCCCUGUAUUAGGCACUUGGCAAAUACAGAAUAAAAGAGUGAUACGUUUCCUGCCCACGGUGGGGAGAGAAGGUAAAAAAUAUUGACAACCAGAGCGAUUAGAAUAAGUAAAUCCAGUGGCCAUAACAAACACGAAGGUGAAAAUGCAGGGAAACGAACCUCUCCGUAUUCCAGGUUGAUUAUUUUUUUCUGGUUUUCAAACAAACCCAGCCACUUAAUAACCACAAAGGAAAAAAAAAUACAGGGCAUUAAAAGAGCACAUAAGAUGCAUCCGUAACCGAAUGGAUAGCAUCCCUUUGGGGUAUCAGUAUUUUGGUUUGUUUGUGUGGUGGCUAAAUCUGAACUGCAGAAACUCCCGAGCACUUGGCAGUUGGCAGAUCUUUCUAGGAUCCUAAGGACCGACCAACUCCCUCCGCCGUAACCAGAAAACUCUGGAAACAAGUGGACCGUAACUGCCGGCGAACAACAAGUUAGAGCCGCUAGAGAACACCUUUGUCGGAGUUCACCCGUCCAUUGAAUGGGCCGGCCUGGCAAGUCUUCCUCAGCGCCGACCAUCGCGUAGGCUUCGGCCCCGGGUGUCGUCGACGAUCCGCGGUCCCUAGGAAACCUCACUGGGACCACGGGACUGCGUCGCCGGGAAGCCGUGCGCUGCUGCGGGUUGAGGACCCUUAAACGGAUGGACCGCAGGAUGUCCGGCCGGUGGAAGGCUUCUGAGACUCUGCCAUUUUCAGACUGGGAUUUCUGGUUAAGCUAACAAGCUUAUGCGUUUAUGUGAAUGUAUUGUAAACAGACGGUGGGAUUCUUCCCACUAGCUCGGAUAAAAGAGUCGGGGAAAACCCCGGAUGCUCUUCCUGCAGCAUCCCGUCUGCCCCGUGGCAGGUGGCUAUUUCCCCAAAGCCAUACUUUGAAUCCGAGAGAUCUUUUCAUAGAAAUCUUUCUCUCAGUCUGGGCUUGAGCCCGCUCUGGGCCAGAGGGGAAAGUCAAUGGAAGCCACCGCAGUGUGGCGGGGAGGGGGACCAGAAGACGAUGAUCCGGAUGAUGCUUUUUAAAGAUCACCUUCUAAAGGCGUUUGGAUCCUGUCCUCACCCACCGUUACGAAUGCCGCGGUUCAGUGGCAUAUCGGCCUAGGGGAGAGCGUUGAAGACAAGCACGGUAACACCCGGCCUUUCCCUCCCACAGGCCUCAGUCCUGACCCAGGUCCCGCCUCCUCCUAGGACCUUCUGCCGCGCAUUUCGUGGGUUUAGCCAUAAUUCAUUUACAAAGGGAGGGGCGGAAGUGGAGAACGAGCUAAAGGGCGAAGCUUAACUACGGUCCCGUGAACCGGUUUUAUCGGUCACGUUUUAAGUCAUCGUUUCGGGAAAGGUUUAUCUUUCCCGUGGAUCAUUUCUGUUUCAUUUCCAUUCUGUUCCAUUCGUUAGGCUCCUGAAAGGAAACGGUAACAAAUCUCCAGAGUUAAUGUCUGACUCCCCUGUCUUAAAAUCAAAAUUAAAAAAAAAAGAAUUAUUUUGCUGUAAGCCUUGAGAGCAUUCCAAAAUUCUGCAAAGAUCUCUCAGCGAUACUGCCAAGUCCGAUUUCCUACUGCCCUCCGACUCCUCCCGCAUCCUCCAACCUGUUAGAGAAGAUGGUAGUAAGCCCCCCCUCGAGUCCCAAAUCUCAGGUGAUUUUCUUCCCUGACGGAAAUCCUUGCUGGGACGGAUCAGAACUCACCGACGCGGUGGCCCCGUUUCUGCCACUGAGGUUUGUACCCCCAAUUUGGAAGGGGGUUCAGAGCCAUGCAGAGGUGGCAGAAACGAGAUUCCUCUGGGUUCUUCCAACAUCUCAGUUCCCCACUCCAACUCCUCAGAACUGGAUUCCCCGUCACCCUCCCCUUCUUACAGGCCCCGACUAUGAAAUGGAAAAUUUUAUGCAGAAUGAACCAAGGUCCUUUCCCCUCUCAGUGGUACCCCUCCCAAACAAUUAAAGGGAUGGCUUGUGGACUGUAAAGAUUUUUUUAUUGUUCCUGUGUUGAAGCAUUAAAUUUACUGUGUAGACCCCAAUUUUUUGCCUGCUCCUGAGGUGCCCGGGGAUCCAGAAAGGCAGGUGACGGACCAACCCCAAAAUGCAGCGGUUGUUUUAAAAAUGGAAUGUACCAAACGGAAUGGCUUUAUUUUACUAAAAUGCCGCGGAACUGUUUAUUUAAAAUGGAGCUAGAGUUCUAUAUUUUAUAUGUUCGGAGUAAGGACUGAGUUCUAUUUUUCGCUUGUGUUCGCUUCCCUGAUUUGGGCUGAUCUGUGAGACUGUCACGCAUUCUCCGCAGUCACGCGGGCUUCCGUCUCGCCGGGUAUUUGAGAAGUCUUCCUUUGUCUCGGAAGGAAACGUUUCGCCGUUGAUAUCGAACAAAAUUUCGCGCGUAUGCCUCAGCGUGUGGGUGUGUGCACAGCUCUGCCCUGUUUAGUCCGUUUGGAGAACAGUCGUGGUAGAUAAAAUUUUAAGUGUUGUUCCGAGUUUCAAAAACUGUUUUAUCUUAAUGAAAUAAAAUCCUUCAAAUGGUAAAAAAAAAAAAAAAAAAAAAAA